CAUCUAGACUUUCCCAGUCACACGGAGGCAUACACACACCGUACACAGCCAACAUAGAUUAUGGUUACAUAUAUGGAUACGAAACUGUUGUGGUUGACAGCUCUGGUCGUGACAGUGUGCGCAGUCUCAUUUACUUCCGGUAUGUCACUUUACGGAAUGUGCCUGACGACCUGUUCGAAGUGCUCUGCCGAGUUCGGUGGUAGAUUUAACGAAGGAAUGUGCCGAGAAAUUUGUGGAGAAACAAAUGGCAAAAGUAUAGCAUCUUCAUGCGAGACAGGAUUUGACGUGGAUAAGCGUUCAAAAGAGAGCGUCCAUAUUUGUCGGAAGUACUGCGCGUCAUGCGUGCUGACGUAUCGCCAUAGUUACAAUGGCGCAAAGUGUGCAAACCUGUGUAUGGAUACGGAGGGCACGAGUAUCGACAUCGACUGUUUGAACAUGGAUAUGUGGAACAGAAAUGUGAGACGCAGGAGUAACUAAAACACGAGGAAGAAUAUUCAUAAUUUAUUUUUGCAUGGGUGAGAAAAAGUAAUUUAUUUUGUUAUGAAAACAAACGUGUGAGUAGUUUUAAGUAAGACAUGUGCUCCGUUCUUUAUUAAGUUAUAUAUUUUAUUUAUGUGGACGUAUACUCCUCCGACAACCAAGAUGUCCUAUCGGACGCUGACUGCUUUGUGCUAUAUGUGGGUUUGAAUGGAGGUGUUACUGAGCGACCAGGUAUUCGCUUUAUCUAAUUAAUAAAUACAUUAACGCUGAUUACAUCUCAUCGCCACUGGAGACAAUAACUCAAUUCUGUAUGCAUAGGUAUUAUGUCUUUUAUCAUCCACUGGUCUACGAACCGGAAAUACUGUUCGUUUAUUAUUAUCUCUUUGAAACGUUUGAAACUAUUUUCACCUCUCUCCUGGAGUGAUAAAGGAAGAUCGGAUCACUAAAAAUCCUCUCGAAACUGUCUAAAGACGGAAAUGUUAGCUGCUAUGUGUUAUUAAAUAAUUAUGUUGCAUUGCUGUUUUGAGUCGCUCUAUAUCACGUGACUAUUUUGUUGACUGUGUGCCACAUUCCGCUCAAUGUGUAUUACUGUCGUUGUAUGUUUAUCAGAUCUCAACAUAGUGAUAUAUUUACCUUUAGUCUGUGAUGAUGUUUUAUGUCGCAUAUUAAAAAUGCCUUUCAUUUA